AAUGAGAAAAUUUUUAUACUUAAAAAAUAUUUACAUUUUUUUAUGUUUUUUUAGAGGUUUAAAAAAUGUUUAGAUGAGAAAUAUAUUCUUCAUAGAAAAUUAGAUACAAAAAUUUUUCGACUAUUAGGAAACUUUAAAAAGGGUAUUUAUUCAAAUACUAAUUUACCAUAUAAUAUAAAAUAUAAGAGCGUAAAAUUAUUUAGAAUCAGUAAAAAAGGGGAAAAAGAGAAAAAGAAGCAAUUAUAUGAAAGUUCAUUAAUUAAGGAGGAAAUUAUUAAGCGACUUAUGAAACAUAAAUGCACCAUAUAACAUAAAACAUAUUCAUAUUAUGAGAAAAAAAUAAUGAAUGGACAUAAUGAUAUAGAUUUUUUAAAAAAAAUGAUGUUAGUUAAUGAUAAGUUUCACAGAAAAUUAAAACGUAGAAAAUAUGGAUUACAAUUAUUAUUAUUAUUUUUAUUAGUGAUACAUGUAUUAGAUUUAUAAUUUAGGCUUUGAGGAUAAGAAGGGGGUAUGAUGGAGGCAUUAAGGUUGUUAGUUGUAAUAUUUGAUACCGAUUCGAGUAGUUAUAAUGUAACAUGAAAAAUAUUUCAUUGGUUAUAUUUGAGUGAAUGCAGUGCCUCAACGAAAAUGUUAGUAUUUCCUAUUUUUCUAUAUUGCAUUCCUUUAUUUAUAUUAGUUGUUGUGUUUAUAUUAGGGAUAUUUUAUUACUAUAAAAAAGCUACAAUAUAUGAAAAUAUAAUGUUUAGAAAACGAUUAAAUGAAUAA